CUGCGAUUACAAACUGAAACUCGGAUCUUGUCUUCAGAUAACGCUUUACAUUGUGAGAGUGAAAGUUAAAUGAAUAUCCAAGAGUCAACCAUGAUUUGGACAAUAAUAGUAGCAUCAGUGGUGCUUCUAGCAAUAUACCAUUACAACUCGAAGAGGUAUGCCUACUUUGAAGAAAGAGGGAUACCAUACAUAAAAGCACUUCCGUUUCUUGGUAGCCUAUGGAAAGUGAUGCUGAUGCGUGCCUCGCUCGCGACCACCGUUCAACAAAUGUACAAUCUGUACUCUGAAGCUAAAUACGUAGGCUUCUUCGAGUUUCAAACUCCAAUGAUAUUGCUACGCGAUCCAGAAUUAAUAAAAUCUGUAAUGAUCAAGAAUUUCGACCACUUCCCAGAGCACAGGAACCUCAGCGACAACCCGGAUGAUAUUCUGUUCCGCAAAAAUCUGUUUACCCUAAAUGGAGAAAGAUGGAAGGACGUUAGGUCGAUUUUGAGUCCAGCCUUCACCACCAACAAGAUGAAGUCUAUGUUCGCUGAGUGUGCUAAGAGAUACGGCGAAAAUUUAGCCUCCUUGCAAACUGAUCAGACGAUCCUGGAGCUAAAGGACACCUUCACCAGGUACACCAAUGACGUUAUAGCUACCUGUGCCUUUGGCGUGAACGUGGACUCGAUGACGUAUCGUGAGAAUAAAUUCUAUUUAUAUGGUCGUGAGGCUACCACGUUUGGACUGAAGCAGUCUCUCAAGUUCUUCUUCAUCAGAAACUUCCCUAGACUCUGUAGGAUGUUGAAGAUAACGCUACUCAGGAAGGGGAUCUCCGACUUCUUUAAAGACCUGAUAGAGUCCACGAUUAAGACUAGGGACGAGCAGGGUAUCGUUCGUCCGGAUAUGCUCCAGCUGAUGAUGGAGUUCAGAGAUAAAGGGGAUCCUUCCAAGGAAUUGACCCUCGACGACAUGAUUGCCCAGGCGUUUGUUUUCUUCCUAGGAGGCUUCGAGAGCACUGCCACCCUGAUGUGCUUCACUAGUCAUGAAGUUGGAGUGAACGAGGAGAUCCAAAAGAGGUUGCAGGUUGAGAUUGAUCAGGUUUUGAAUGAUUGCAAUGGGGACGUCACUUACGAGGCUAUCAAUGGGAUGAAGUAUCUGGAUGCUAUUGUUAACGAAGGUCUCAGGAAGUACCCAGUUACUGUUGCUGGUGAUAGAGUCUGCAGGAAACCUUUUGAACUACCUCCAACGCUACCAAACAUGAAACCGUAUGUUAUGAAGGAGGGGGAAAUCGUUUUGAUACCUUUUUAUGGGAUACAACACGAUCCUAAGUACUAUCCAGAACCGGAGAAGUUUGAUCCAGGUAGAUUCUAUGAUGAUCCAAAGCAGAUUUUGAACUCUGGCACGUUUCUGACCUUUGGACUGGGCCCUAGGAUGUGUAUCGGUAAUAGAUUCGCUAUUUUAGAGACAAAGAUUUUGCUGUUUUAUGUGUUUGCGAACUGUACCUUAAAACGUUGCUCGAAGACCAUCGUACCGAUGAAAUUUAGCAAACAGGGAUUCGCCAUGACUCCUGAAGGAGGAGGAUAUUGGUUCGAAAUUCAACCGAGAGCCAAAGGACAAUCUCUGAUGGCCAAUGGUGGCAAUGAUCGAAAAUGCAACAGGCAGUCGCUGUUCGAACAGCGUACCAGAACGGUCAACAGCGUUCACAGAAACCUUCUCAAAGUACAAUUGCGAACAGACUCUGAAAUCUACUCAAUUAAUUUACACAUUCUAAGGUGGGCAAGUGUAUCAAACAAUCAAUCGUGCAUCGAAGUGAUCAAAAUGUGGACAAUAAUCUUAACAAUCGUGGUUGUACUUGUAGUAGUCUACAAGUACAUUACCGACUACGACUUUUUUGAAAAACGAGGAAUACCAUACACGAAGCCUUUUCCUUUUCUCGGAAGUGUAUGGCAGGCAGUGUUGAUGCGAUGCACAUUCGCAGAAGUGGUCCGCCGAAUGUACGAAUUCAACCGCGAGGCAAAGUACGUGGGUUUCUUCGACUUUCUCACUCCAGUGGUGACCAUCCGCGACUUGGACCUGAUCCGAUCAGUGACCAUCAAGAAUUUCGAUAACUUCCCCGAUCACAGAACCUUUCAGAACGACGGGAUCGAUCCUCUGUUCAGCAAGAAUCUGUUCAACCUACGUGGAGACAGAUGGAGGGAGGUUCGAACGACCUUGAGCCCAGCCUUCACCUCCAGCAAGAUGAAAGCUAUGUUCAUAUUGAUGAGAGAAUGUGCCAAGAAAUACGGCGAGAAUCUAUCCUCCUUGCCGGCUGAUCAGAGGAUCCUGGAACUGAAGGAUGCCUACACCAGGUACACCAAUGAUGUGAUAGCUACCUGUGCAUUUGGAGUGAACGUUGACUCAAUGACGGACCGUAAGAACAAAUUCUACGUAUAUGGUCGCGAGGCUACCACCUUUGGAAGACUGCAAUCCCUAAAGUUCUUCCUCAUCAGAAGCUUCCCUAAACUGUGCAAUGUGCUGAAUGUGAAGAUAGUGAAGUCAGAGAUCGGGGAGUUCUUCCAGAAUCUGGUAUCAGAUACCAUCAAGGUCAGAGACGAAAGGGGUAUCGUUCGUCCGGAUAUGAUCCAGCUGAUGAUGGAGUCGAGAGGGAAAAUGGGUCCUGGUAAGGAAUUGACCAUCGAGGAUAUGACUGCUCAGGCGUUCAUCUUCUUUUUUGGUGGUUUCGAGAGCACCUCGACCACCAUGUGCUUCGCAACCUACGAAGUAGGAGUGAAUCCAGAUGUCCAAACGAGACUUCAGGAAGAGAUUGAUCAAGUAUUGGAAGAUUGCAAUGGAGAGGUUACUUAUGAAGCUAUCAAUAACAUGAAGUAUUUAGAUGCUAUCAUCAAUGAGUCUCUCAGAAUGUACCCGGUUAUUGUGGCUGUUGAUAGAGUUUGCAUGAAGGACUUUGAACUGCCUCCAGCAUUGCCGUCAGCGAAACCUCAUGUUGUUAAAAAGGGUGAAUAUAUCUGGAUACCUAUCUACGGGGUACAGCAUGACCCAGAUUAUUUCCCGGAGCCGGAUAAAUUCAAUCCUGACAGAUUCCUCGAUGACCCAAAGAAGAUUAUGAACUCUGGAGCGUUUUUGAGCUUUGGACUUGGGCCCAGGAUGUGUAUUGGUAACAGGUUCGCUCUGUUGGAGGCCAAAACUUUGCUCUUCCAUGUCUUCGCUAAUUGUGAACUGAAACCUUGUUCGAAGACCACCAUACCAAUGAGACUGAGCAAACAGGGAUUCGCCAUGACUGCUGAUGGAGGAUUCUGGUUCGACGUUCAGCCCAGAAAGAAAUCACAGCACGUGAUGGUCAAUUCAGUGAGCAGCAAUGGAGUGGCUUUCUGAAGGAAUUUCUUUGUUUUAAUUAUAUUUGUGCAUAUACUUUCCAGUGUUUGGUAGCUGUAAUAUGAUUUCGAAAGCAAAAAUAAUUCUUGUAGUGUUAAUUAUAAUUCUCUGUGCCAAUAGCUUUCGUGGACUUCUGUGGAGCGCAUUAAGUAGCAGGUGGCCUUGUUUUAUCAUAGUAUAAAAAUUGAAUGAUUUCCAUUGAAGAUGGAUAAAAUUGAUAAAUCGCUGAUAAUAAAGGCACUCGAUAGGGAAACGUGUUGGUUUUAUACGCUGAAUUCUAAAUAAAGUUCGUUUAAGUUAUAUUUGA